AUGUCUGCAGAGGAUUCUGUUGAUACCCAGGCAUCCCAAUGGGCCAAGGAGGCCGAAGACGUGGCUGCUGCCAUGGCCCUGACAACAGCCCCGACCCUGAGCCUCGAUGCCUAUGCUGCCACGCAAGUAGUCAGCUCGCCUCCUCCUUCGAACCCCGAGCCAACCUCAACACCUUCGGCAACACCUUCAGAGUCUUCGGACACGAGCCCUCAGAAAUCCUUGGAAGCCGACAAGCAGCACACGAGCCCUGAGAAAUCCUUGGAAGCCGAGAAGCAGCCUGGGAAAGCUCCGGAUCAAGAUGUGAAGCUCACGGACUCUUCCAUGAUGGAGGCGAGGACCAACUAUGCCGAGCACCACGGCCUCCCGAUCGAGCAGGUCUCCGAGGAAAUGGUGAAGGGGCAUGAGAAGGGCCAGGUGUUUUGGGCUACGCUUAAGACAAAUCUCACGGCCAGAGGUGCGGCCGGACAGGCCUUGCAACGGGCAUUAAAACAUCGCCCGGACGUUCGGGAGUUGUACAAUGUCCUCUUGGAUGCCGAAAAGAUCGCCUUCCGAGCCGCCUGGAGCUGUUCGCGAGACUUCGAGUUUGUGACUGUUCGCAGGACAACAACAAACAGCUACAGACGCCGCAAAGAAGACCUCGGGGUUUUCAAAACCCAGCUACAGCUGGAACAGGUCCUGGGCGGAUCGGACAAGCCCGAAGCGGUUCUUCAGGCGAAGAACUACGCCGACACGUUCCUGUGGGUCGAGAGCCUGGUGUCCUCGUCUUCCGAAACGGCUUGGGUGAACGAGGUGACGGUGGAGCAGGACAGCCCCAUCGCGGGUAGCUGGAGUGAGAAGGCUGAGUUUUGCAGAGCGGCCCGAGUGUUUGCUGUAGAGCAGAAGAUUCAGGUGAAGGACGUGACGACGGCCAUGCUUGACAAGACGGCCCUCGGCAUCCGUGGAUACGCAAAACUCUACGAUUCAACCCCGGCCGCCUUCCCCCAGCCCGGCGGCGAUGGCUCCGCAGGCAAGCAGACAUCGCCGGAGAAGCCAGCACCUGCACCGGGUGCUGCAAAAGCCAAGGCUAAGGGCAAAGCUAAGGCUAGCAAAGGCACCGAUGAUCCUAUGGGUUUGACCGAUGCUGGCAAGGCAGCCACAGCUGCCACUGAUGAGCAAGAUGGUGCAAAUCCUGGAGAUGAUCAGCCGGCUUCUAAGAAGCCAAAGAAAGGUGGUGGCAACCCCACCGGCAAGAAGGAGCGGGAAGUGAAAGACUUCUUAGCCCUCGAGGCCGAAAGCGACAACGUGAUGUCGAAGAUCGCAGCCUCUAUGGGUGCCGACCCGUCUGCUUGGACUUGGGCGAAGGAUUUCGCCCAGCAGUACCGCACUUUGAGAACGGAGAUCGUUGCUAUGUACGCCGAUGUCGAGUUUUUUAGUCAAGCCAAGGUCGCGGCACUGAGUGCCAAAGAAACGGCAAAGCUAAAGAAAAUGUACGGGAUGGACUACCACAGCAAACUGUGCCAAUUCUGUUUGCAACUCGGUCCGAAGAUCUCCUCGAUGAGUGAGGUGACAAGCAAGAUCAAGUCUAUGUCCGAUGCUAUGGCUGUGGUUGCGGCUGGCACCCCUUCCAAGUCUACAUCUUCAAAGACCUCGAAGAAGGGCCCGAAAAGACAGGCCUCAACGGCAUCCCUGCCGUCCGUGUGA